GCAUUGGACUGCAUUGGACUGCAUUGGACUGCAUUGGACGACAUUGCAUCGCAGUUUACGCAUUGCAUCGGUGGCUGUUUCAUUCGUUGGUCCAGUCGCUCUCGCUUGCUCGCUCGCUCGCUCUAUCGAAUUCUUCUAGAAAGCAACGCCUAGAUCUUCCUCGAUCACGCCACCUGAACAGAACGCCAUGCCUUCGACCAGGUCCACCCUGCACUGGGUCCAGGACGACGGGAUCAACAUCCGGAGCAUCCGCGAGCAGGACCCACCCGACCACCGCCGCGUCCACGGCAACGGCAACGGGACGAAGGACUCCCCCCGGACCAAAACCUCUGGGAAGAAGAAGCUCGCCGAAAAGGCCGGCAGCAAGCUGGCCUGUGCCAUUAAGGCACUGCAGUGUUCCCCCCGUGUCGAUCGGGAGGGGGGUGACAAAUACACCGGCGGGCCCCUCUCGGAAGACCGCCAAUCGCUGCGGGGCGGGGAAGAGCGCCGCUCGACGCGAGACAGGUACCUGCUGCACAAGCAGGAGCGGUCGCCGGACUUUGUCGCCGACUUUGCCAAUUUUGAAUCGAUGGAGUAUGAUCAAGAGCAGCAGCAGCAGGCUCCGGCGUUGGUGUCGGUUUCUACGACCCUGGAACUGGAAAAGGUCCUCGCAAAUCUGGACAACAGCAGCAUCCAGCACAGCAACACCCACGGCUUUGCUGAUGCGGAAGGAGCGACCCCUCACACACAAACGCAGCCGCGAUCCGUCGAUUCAGACGACGAGCUCGAGAUAUAUGCAGACAGCACGUGUACCCUGGACACGGCAAACGAUAUAAACGAAAACGAAAACGAAAACGACAACGACAACGACAACCACGAGAACCAGAAUGACGUGGACUACGACUGCGACAGCGACAGCGAGCACCACCAGAGGGGUGCCAUCGAAGCAAGCGCGUCCUCUAGGUCGCCCCCGGGUUCACCGAGCCAGCUGCACAAGACGAUCGAGAACGAAUUCGGCAGGUACUCGACCGAUUCGAACGACACCCCCGUCACGUGCAACAAGUCGCUCGUCGUGUUGCCGACGCCCCCGAGCCCCCACGGGAACGGCGGGGACGGGGAAUUCCUCGGCAAUUCCAAUGGAUCCUUGAGUGGAAGUGGUACCGCCCACGCCGGGGAUCCCAACGGAUUAUUUGGCAAGCCCCCCAAAACGAUUCUCCACCGGAGCUUGUCGCUGGGAGACGCACUCAGUCCGACGGAGGACGACGACGGUUCGCCGAUUCGAUGGCACCGGCCGAGCGGAGGCGUCGAAGAGCACAAGGACGACGUUGCCAACCACCCGGGCCGACCGUCGGCCAGGCAGCAACAAAUCGAGCUGCUCCAGCUCCCGGUCAUGGAGGAAGGCCCGCGCCAGGGGCUUCCCGCUGGAUUCGUCGGCGAAUCCGGACCGGGAGGCCAGGGAUCCGGGCUCCACACCAACGCUCCCGCCCACCACGGCCUGGCGGCAACGCGGAUCCGCGACGAGAACGACGACGUCUCGGCCCUGACCUCCUCAACAGUAUCGUCCUUUGUCUUUUCGAGGGUGAGCCAGCAGAGCGAGACCACGUGGUCUCUCCUCCGGCAGCAGCACCGGCCGGCGGGAAGGGACGCCCCGGAAGCCGUCCGCCGCGGGUUUUUCUGGAAGACCAGGCCCUGUGUCACCGUAAAGUCGUACCGGUUCCAGCAGCCAAGGCCCCGACACCAGCCCACGCAGCUGGUGCAGGUGGGUGCCGCCACGGCGGCCGCGGCGGCCUCGUCCCUCCGAGGGAGGCAGCCGCCGCUCUCUCCGUCCACCCCCGCCCUGCACCCGGACGUCCUGCGAAAAAUGACGGUGGGGAGCCAGCCUUUUCCGGUGGCGGCGACCAACCGGGUGGUGAACCAAGCAUAACUGCUGACUCGCCACCCUCCCGGUUGCUCUUUUUAUCACAUGCCCGAUGGUACUUGGUGGCGAAACUGGUUGCUGCAUAGCACACGAACACACAGA